GCUCCCGCGUGUGUGGUGUACCUUGUUAAUAAUUUAAUAGGUUCUUUAUAGUGUGUGCAAUGUUGCGUAAGUGCAUCACGUUAGCGAUUUUAGGGUGUGCGGUUGCGGCGCCUCAGUAUCAAAUUCACCAACAGCAGGAUGAGGGCAUUCCUCCACAUCUAUUGAGGCAAUACAUCGGCGGUCAACAACAAGCGCAACACAUACCACGUCCUGCCCAGCAACCUGCACCAGCGCCGGCUCGACUCCCAUACAACGUACAAGCUGAGGAACAGUACCAACAAAGGCCUCAAUACCAACCUCAGCCUCAACCUCAGCCGCAACAACAGUACAGGCCCCAACAGCAACGCGAACCUGAGGACUUUGACCAUAAUCCUUCUUACCAGUUCGGUUUUGAUGUAAACGACGAUCAAUACACCAACUACCAGAACCGCAAAGAACAGAGAGAUGGUGACGUCAUCAAGGGCUCUUACUCAGUUGUUGAUAGCGAUGGCUUCAUCAGGACCGUCACUUACACCGCUGACCCUAAAGAGGGUUUCAAGGCUGAGGUUUCCCGCCAACCCACCGACAUCGUGGUAAAAAUCCCAACUCCCAAACCACAACUUCAGGCUCAGGCACCACAGCAAAUCGCUCACCAGCCACAAAUUGCUCACCAACAACAACAACAACAACAGAGACAACAACAACCCCCUCAACAACAGUACUACCGUUACGAAUAAUAAAUUUAAAAAAAACCUCAACUACCACACAACGAUCAAUAGGAAACGCAUUAUUUACUAAUACCGGUGAAGAGGUCCCCAUGUGUGGAGUCAGUGUUAUUGUCUAUGAUUUUUAUCUACGAUUUUCACUAGCAACGCUUACUACGCUUUUGUUGAAUGAGAUACAUUGUAUAUUUGAUCUCAGAGUCAAAUCAAACAAGUUUACUCAGCUUUGUACAAUAUUAUUUUAAAACAAUUACUUAUUCCUCUAAUAAAAGCAGGAAAUAAAUACAGGAAUAGAAUCGU